GGCAGUCGUCGCAUGUGGACAUCAAGGGCUUGGAUGACACCGAGGUCGAGUCCCUCAUCGCUAUGCUCAAGAAGACUGGCGAUACCACCACGGCCUCUCAGUACGUCAAGGUGCUUGAGGCCAGGUGGUCCGCCAACAAGCAGCAGCCCAUCCAGCAGCAGAUCAACGAGGCAUUCAACUCUCUACGCGCACAUGAAUAUAGCCUGGCCAAGGCAGUCAAGCGUUUCGACGAGAUGCAGGUCAAGGAGCAGGCCAAGGACUCUCCUUGGUCUGUCCGAGCCAUCCUGUCUGGGAAGUUCGAGGAGAUCCCCAUCACCCUUGGCGGCUUGGUGGAUGACCAGGAUGAGGGUGCCCUCGAUGUUUCUGACGAGGACAAAGAGACGGCCCAGAACCUGGCCACAGAGCUCAAGAAGAGCCUGCAGGAGGCCACCGCGACCUUGUCCAAGGAGGCUUUGGAGAAGACCAACAAGGCCAAGGAGGACCACAAGGCGCUGCUCACUCGUCUCCAG